CUUUUCCUUUUUCCCUGCCCCGCCGCCGGUGGCGAUGACGCACGUCCGGCGCGGUCGGUGUGCGCGGAGUGCCCGGCCCGGCCAUGCCCGCCGGCGUGCCCUGGCCCACGUACCUGCGGGCGCUGGCCGCCAGCAUGCUGGCCAUGUUCGCGGGGGCCGAGGUCGUGCACAGGUACUACCGGCCGGACCUUAGCAUACCUGAAAUACCUCCUAAGCCUGGAGAACUGAGAACAGAACUGCUGGGUCUAAAAGAAAGAUCAAGCAAAGUUCAGACUUCACAACAGUGACCAGAAGUUACUUCCGUUGUGAAAACUAGGACUGAUAAAAUAUUUAUUCAACUGUUUAAGUUGCAGAAAUAUGUAUGUGAAAUACUGUACUGCCUUAAUGCUUUUUUGCUUUCCCUUAAGCAGAGUUUCAGGCAGCAUUUAAAAUAAACAUACAAUGAGUACUGUUGUUAAAAGUCCAGUUGGUUGUGUGCCAAAAUAGUUGUGACUUCUUCAAUCUGGAUUGCAGUGUAACUGCCCUUCAGAAUAAAGGGUUAGACCAUGACAAA